CGUGGGCCUUUGGUUCUCUGCUGCCCAUUCUAAACGCUUUUCUUGUUGAGGUUGUGUUGUUUCAGUUCUGAAAUGGAUAUCCGAUUGAAGCCUGUGCGCUAAGAUUUCUAGUUUUGUAAUGGUCUUUUUUGGCAGAUAAAUGGAAUGUUUGAUUGGAAUGUUUUGCACGGAGUCUUCAAUUCGGAACGACUGUCAAGAGGAAUACGAUGCUUUUCGAAUGUUUUAGCCUGUUGAUGAUGAAUGGCUGCGAAGUGGAGCUAACUGUCCUGAGAACCGGUUUGUGCCUAAUGUCUUGAAUUUAAGUGGGUAACCAGAUUGUUAAAGGAGAAGAGGACAUCCCACUAAAUUGGAUGUUUUUGGGUGGGGAAGGCGGCAAUACCCAAAGGCAAGAUAAAAUGGAUAAAACUGUCGCCUAAAUCGAGGAGGACUGAUAUUCUCGUGGAAUGAGUAAAGUUAAAAACGAGUCUGUGACGAUGUGGUACGAAGGAGGGAGCGUGAGGAGACGAUAAAUCCCGUAUGGAAUUAGGCAAUCGAAUUGAAGUAUAACGGGAUUCAUGUUGACAAGGAAAAAACGCCGCUUUGAAAAGAUAUAUGUAAUUUUCUUCAUGUAAAAGACAGAGAGGAAAUCUGUUUCCUGGUUGGGGGGUGGGGGGAAGGAAGAUAUAUUAUUCAUAGCCUCAGUGAGGGAAACAGGAGCGAACGUUUUACAUUAAGAUUAAAAAAAAAGAGAGAGAAAAAGAAAAAGAAGAUAUCGAGAGGACACGGAAUAUUCCAGGGGCACACACACACAGAGUACUUAAGCAAAAGAAGGAGGCUGAAGUGGCGUUGAAGUAUGGGCUGCGCUUCAAGCAUUCAUAUCUCUGAUAGAGUGGUCUAUCAUAGUGGAAAAGAGUCGGAGGAUUCGCACUCGCCUCAGCAGACCAACACCACUCAGCAAUCUCAACAGCCAGGAAAUCCAGCCUCAGGAUUACCAAUUAAACCGUCUAGUUACAAGACCACAUUUACGGAGGUGCAGUUUGGACCAAUGAGGUUAUACGAAGAUCAGCUCCAGGUACUUUUAGUGUUUGCCAAAGAAGACAGUCAGAGCAAUGGAUUCUGCUGGGCGUGUGAAAAGGCCAACUUCAGGUGUAGCGUGGCCAGGACACCUGAGUCGGCACUGGAGUGUUUCCUGGAAAAACAUCAUGACCUCAUCAUCAUUGACCACAGACAUUCCAGAUCUUUUGACGCAGAAGCACUAUGCCGGUCAAUUAGAGCCGUGAACUCCUCAGAAAACACUGUGAUUGUGGCAGUUGUGAAAAGGCCGGACCGGGAGGAGGCGUCUGUAAGACCUCUCUUAGCCGCGGGCUUUAACCGGAGGUAUGUGGAAAACGCCAGUGUGAUGGCCUGUUAUAAUGAGCUGAUCCAGCUGGAGCACGGUGAAGUUCGAGCACAGUUCAAACUGAGAGCCUGCAAUGCCAUUUUCACCGCUAUGGAGCAAAGUCAAGAAGCCAUUGAGAUCACCAGUGAAGAUCACGUGAUUCAGUAUGUGAAUCCUGCCUACGAGGCCUUCAUGGGGUAUCAGCAGGGGGAACUAAUUGGGAAGGAGAUCUUAGAAGUGCCUAAAAGUGAAAAGAAUAAACCCGAUCUCCUGGAAACGAUUAAUUCAUGCAUACGAAAAGGAAAGGAGUGGCAAGGGCUUUAUUAUGCCAAAAAGAAGAAUGGUGACAGCGUCCAGCAGAAUGUGAAGAUUACCCCUGUCAUCGGACAGGGAGGAAAAAUUAGACACUAUGUGUCUAUUAACAGGCCUUUAGAUGACAAUAAUAAGAUGGACAAGUCCAGUGAUCGCGUGCAGGCAGAGUCGCAGACGGACAUCCAGUCGAGCAAACACAAGGACAGGCGGAAAGGAUCGCUGGACGUGCGUUCCACCACCUCCCGAGGGAGUGACGGAAGUUCACAGAGAAGACACUCUUCCAUGGCAAGAAUCCAUUCCAUGACCAUCGAGGCUCCCAUAACAAAGGUGAUCAACAUCAUUAACGCGGCUCAGGAGAGCAGCCCGGUGCCGGUGGCUGAGGCUUUGGACCGGGUUCUGGAGAUCCUGCGUACCACGGAGCUGUACUCCCCUCAGCUCGGUACCAAAGAGGAGGACCCCCACACCAACGACCUCGUGGGCGGGCUCAUGACGGAUGGCCUGAGGAGACUGUCAGGGAAUGAGUACAUCUUCGCAACAAAACAGGCCCACCAUAUUCCGAGUCACCUGACCGCACUCCUGUCGCUCAACGACAUCCCACCGCGAGUCGCCCAGACCAUGGAGAACGAGGACACCUGGGACUUCGACAUCUUCAACCUGGAGGCAGCGACCAUGAAACGGCCUCUGACGUUUUUGGGACUGAAGAUAUUCUCGCGUUUCGGGGUGUGCGAGUUCCUGAACUGUCCAGAGGCCACGCUUCGCUCUUGGCUGCAGGUGAUCGAGGCGAAUUACCACUCCAGUAACUCCUACCAUAACUCCACCCACGCGGCCGACGUUCUUCAUGCCACAGCCUACUUCCUCUGUAAAGAGCGUGUAAAGCAAAGUCUGGAUCCCAUCGACGAGGUGGCGGCCCUCAUCGCCGCCACGGUGCACGACGUAGACCACCCCGGCCGUACAAACUCCUUCCUGUGUAACGCAGGCAGCGAACUGGCUAUUCUGUACAACGACACGGCUGUGCUGGAGAGCCAUCACGCCGCCCUGGCCUUCCAGAUCACCACACGCGACGACAAGUGCAACAUCUUCAAAAACAUGGAGAGGAACGAGUACCGCACACUGCGACAAGCCAUUAUCGACAUGGUGCUGGCCACAGAGAUGACCAAACAUUUUGAACAUGUCAACAAGUUUGUCAACAGCAUCAACAAACCCCUGGCCGCCUUGGAGGAGAACGGGGGUGUUGGAGAUGAGGAGUCUGUGAAGAGCGUAUUAACGUCUCCAGAGAAUCGAAUCCUUGUCAAGCGCAUGCUCAUAAAGUGUGCAGAUAUCUCCAACCCCUGCCGACCGCUGGAGCUGUGCAUCGAGUGGGCAGGUCGCAUCUCUGAGGAGUACUUCGCCCAGACGGACGAGGAGAAGAGGCAGGGCCUGCCAGUGGUCAUGCCCGUGUUUGACAGAAACACCUGCAGCAUUCCGAAGUCUCAGAUCUCCUUCAUCGACUACUUCAUCACAGACAUGUUUGAUGCUUGGGAUGCGUUUGCAGACCUGCCCAACUUAAUGCAGCACCUUGACAACAACUAUAAGUAUUGGAAAGGCCUGGACGAGCGAAAGCUACACAGCCUGAGGCCGCCCCCAGAGUAAACACCACGCACGUCACCACGGCCCAGCCCCCGGCCUUCCAGAACUUUCCCUCCUCACCUCCCACCGGAGCGUGAUCCGCAAGCGCAGCCAGCAGCGGGGCCCUGGGCCUGCAGACCCCGUCUCCCUGCAAACGCAAGACAUUUGCUUCACUAAGAACUAUACAAAGUAGAGACAAGCAUUUAAAAACGAUAAACAAAAACAAGCAAAGCUGAAACCCUCUGGCGUCUGUCUGUCAUGGCAGUUGAGCUGGUCUGGUGAUGUUUGGAGACUUUAUUCUGAUAAAGCACCAAAAACGGGCCCCACUGCGGCCAGCACGGCAGCACUGGCUGGCUGUCUGUGUGUGUAUGUGUAUGUAUGUGUGUGU